AUGGCAUCUGCAGACUCGCCCUCGAAACCUUACUCCCUAGCCAUAGUCGGCGGUGGCAUAUCUGGACUCGCGCUCGCAAUUACCCUCCUGCAACACAACGUUCCCCUCACUGUAUAUGAAGCCGCAGCGCAUUUUGGGGAAAUUGGUGCUGGCGUGGCGUUUGGGCCCAAUGCAGGACGCGCAAUGGAGCGCAUGUCGCCAAAGAUCUUCCAGGCGUUUUUAAAAUGCAAGACUGGGAAUGCAUAUGGUUCAAAGGCAAGUUCCUGGUUUACCGUUCGCGUGGGAGAUGGGAGAAAGGCAGAUAAAGAUGGUCAUGUGCGUGAGGGCAAGAAGUUGGGCGAUCCGCUGUUUGAAAUAUUUCUGCCUCCCGGUGGAGAACGCGGGGGUGUAUACAGAGCUCACUUUCUAGACGAGCUCAUAAAAGACAUACCAGAUGAUGUCGCCAAGUUUAAUAAGAGACUCGUUGACAUGGAAGAGGCGGGUGACGGAUCUGGUGAUAUGGUACUCAAGUUCGCCGAUGGUUCCACAGCACAGCAUACCGCCGUCAUUGGGUGUGACGGCAUCAAAUCUCUUGCGAGAAAAUGGGUAGUUGGAAGAGACAACCCUGCGUCUAAAGCUGUCUUCUCCGGAAAGUAUGCAUACAGAGGACUGGUCCCUAUGGAUGAAGCAGUCGAGCUACUCGGCGACGAAGCCGCCAGAAACAGUCAAAUGUUCCUAGGCUACCACGGUCAUCUCCUCACAUUCCCCAUUGCCCACGGCAAAAUAAUGAACGUCGUUGCAUUCAGCUCCCGCAAAACCUGGGACUCGGAAAAUUGGGUCGUCACAACCUCCAAACAAGACAUGCAAGCCGACUUUGCAGACUGGGGCCCGCACGUCCAGAAGAUCAUCGGCGCAAUGCAAAAACCGGAUAUCUGGGCUUUAUUCAUGCAUCCUCCAUGCGAAACAUACACUAAAGGUCGCGUCUGUCUGCUCGGCGAUGCGGCGCACGCAACGACACCGCAUCAAGGUGCCGGCGCGGGAAUGUGCAUGGAAGACGCGUAUAUACUCGCCAGUCUGAUCAAGGAUGCCAACAGCACUGAAGAGCUUAAACGCGCGUUUAAGGCGUUUGACGAGGUGAGGAGGGAGAGGACGCAGAAGCUUGUUGCGACCAGUUAUGAGGCGGGGCAGCUGUAUGAGUUUGAGUUGUUGGGGGAUGAUUUGGAUAAGAUUGAGGAGAAUUUCUCAAAGCGAAUGCAUUGGAUUUGGGGAUUUGAUUUGGAGGCGCAGCUAGGACUUGCACGGGAGAUUAUGAAGAAGUGA